GAUGAUUGGGGGCCUGGAAUUCUUCCAUCCCCCGAUAAGCGUGGUUCGGUCGGUUAAGGGAAAAAAGUCCAAGAUCGGAAUUGCAAGAAAAGCCAACCGGGCAUAUGAGGGGCAAUGGGAAGGGGGGUUCUAUCGUUAUCCGAGCUCUGUUAUGCCAGUAAUCAUCACGGUGGACGCGGCGGUGGUGACCUUAUCGCGAUGGUACCCCGCCUGGAUAAAAGAAUCCCUCCCGAACUAGUGUACCUAAGUGCGUACGAGUACCAUAUAAGAACAAGGGAAGGAAACAACGGAUUCGGAGAAGGUUGGAUUCUUGGGUUCUCUCUUUUUUUUUCUUUUCUGUUUUGUGUGUGCUUCGUCUUCCAUCCACACUUCUCUCUCCACCGGAUCCAGAGUCACGGCUAAAUAUAGCCCAUGCACAAGGGAGCAGCCAAAAAGUCGUUUCAGCGGAGCAUUGCAACGUUCCCCAGUCAUAUAUUCCCGUACGCGGAGUGGAUUAGGUCAUCUGCGGGUGGUGAGGUAAGCCGAUUUUGUUGUGUACCUUCCCCAUCCAGAAGGGACGAUUGCGCGUU